AUGAUUAAUGGGUGUUUUCAUUGCGACACCCUCGGCCAUCAGUCAUUGGAGCUGGGUCUUGAGUGGGAAGGUCCCAUAUGCACGUUAAAGUACACGAAACGCAGGCCGCCGCCCUCCCAGAAGAACCGCGCGCCCAAGUUCUCGCCCGCGACGCCAGUCAACAUCCACCAACGAGCCUAUCAAGUUAAACCGAGGACCGCUUUUCAAUUUUCCAAACGAGCGCACACGUUCCCAUAUUUCCCGCAAAACACCGUCUUUGUGGUGCACCCGCCCCGACAGUCCAGGACAAAGGAGACCAGGCGCGGAUACACCUCGAGUGGGUCAGAAAGCACCAUGACUAGUCACGUCGAGAUCGUCACCACCCCGACGGCGGAUACGGCCGGUGCCACCCUCUACAUACAUUUCGACAAACGCCGCUACCUUGUUGGCCGGAUUUCGGAGGGUACGCAGCGGGCCUUUAACCAGCGCAAGCUGGCGGCUUCCUCGCUCGAGCAGAUCUUUGUCACGGGAGAAGUGAACUGGGAUACCGUCGGCGGGCUCACCGGUCUUCUUUUAACGAUCUCAGAUGUUGUCGCUGGUUCGAGGGAAGCGUUGGCGGAGCAAAAUAGGGAGCGCAAGGCCAAGGGUAGGAGCGAGCUCGCCAACGACGUCAUGCAGCGGCUCGACAUCCACGGCGCCGAAAACUUGACCUACUCUCUUGCUACGGCCCGAAACUUCAUCUUCCGCACCGGCAUGCCGUUCAAGCCAUAUGAGCUCCACGAGGACAGGAGGUUGGCUACCAGCGAGGCCUCGGGCCCGGAUUGGGAAGAUGAUUGCCUCAGGGUGUGGAAGAUUCCACUAUACAAGCAGUCGCCGUCUAAAAGGAGGCGGGUGGCUGGUGACAGUCGGGCAACUUCGGAAGACCUGCCCCAGGCGGCCCAGGAUCGCACAAUGUUAUCCGAUCUGGUGGAAAGCAUGUUCAACUCUGACUGGCGGUUCGACGCCCUCGUGCCUUCGAAACUCCAUAGCAUCGUGCGCCCCGCCCAAGCUUUUAUCCGCGACAGCAACGGAUCGAUACAGAGAUACGAAGGAGCAUUUUUGGGCGAGCAGGAAAAUGUGCCAGACAUAGAUGUCCUUGUGAGGGAGCCAUGGCCAGCGACCAAAGUCCACACGCUGCCGCAGACUCAACCUUCUGCGCAAGUGAAGCCCAUGGACAAUAAGAAACUCACCAGCGGCCAAACCGUCCAAGGAAAGGACGGACCGGUCACCCCUGACAUGGUACUCGAGCCGCCGAUCAAGGGGGCGGGCUUUGUCGUGGUCGAUAUUCCCGACGCAGUCUACAUCGACUCGUUUGUUUCUAGGCCGGAAUGGAGCGACGCGGAGCUUAUGGAUGGUGUCAGCGUCAUCUACUGGAUUCUCGGCAAGGGCUUAGCCUUGGCCCCCGAGGUGCAGGCUUUCAUCAAGGAGCGGCCGAAUCUGAAGCAUAUCAUGCUCUCGCCAGACACAUGCCCAGACAUGAUUGCCUUUGAGUCUCACGCCGGCCUUACCGCCAAGCUUCAGCGUAUCGACCCGGAUAGAUUCCCGCCCCUCUGGUACAACAACGCUAUCCCCAAUCUCGGCGCAGCCGCCGCGUCCUACUUGACCGGUCGAACGGGAAAAAGGUCAAGACGAUGCCCCAGCUGCAGGUUGAGGACGUCGGCAUCGCGCUCGCCAGUAUCUACCCCAGAGUUCCAGCUCUGGGUUGCAGAAAACGAAAGGGACAUACCCAACAAGGAUACCGAGAUCACACCCCUAGGGACCGGAUCUGCGCUGCCCUCCAAAUACCGAAACGUGUCCGCGACGCUGAUUAGAAUCCCCGGUUAUGGCAGCUACCUCCUCGACUGUGGCGAAAAUACCCUGGGUCAGUUGAGGAGAGCGUACGGCUACGAGGAGACGGCGCAAAUUAUGGCCGAGCUCCGGUGCAUCUUCAUCUCUCACAUGCAUGCGGAUCACCACCUAGGCACAAUGAGCGUCAUUGAAGCUUGGCAAAAGGCAACGCAGGGCAAAUCGGUCCUAUCCAUCUGUUGCACAGACUACAUGCGUCGGUUCAUUGAAGAAUACUCACAAGUUCAGCCAGUCAACUUUUCCAACAUCCGCUUCUACGGUGAUGCUCACUCGGACAACGAUUACACGAGAGAAUUUGGUCCAGGCGAUCCUUCGGGGCUGGCUAAGCUUGAGCGUGUUAGAGUUAACCACUGCAAAUCCGCCCAUGCAGGUAUCCUGACGUGGUCUUCCGGUCUCAAGAUUGCGUACUCGGGUGACUGCCGGCCCAGCGACCGUUUCGCCGAAAGGGCCAAGGGCGCCACUCUCCUCGUUCAUGAGGCCACUUUUGAGGACGACAAGGCGGGCGAUGCGAAGGCGAAGAAGCACAGCACCAUGUCGGAGGCCCUGGGGGUGGCAAAGAAGAUGGAGGCCAAGAGAGUUCUCUUGACUCACUUCUCGCAGAGGUACGCGAAGCUGCCCGCAAUGGAGGAAAAGAGCGCAAGCGCCACCGAGGAAACCCAGUUUCCCACGGAGGACAGGGUGGUGCUUAAUGCAUUUGAUCAAAUGAGGGUUAAACUGGGCGAGUUUAGAAAGGCCGAAGCCUUCCUACCCGCCAUCAUCAAGCUACUGGAAGAAGACAGCAGAUAG